GAUGAUGCCGCCAUCUUGAAAAGCGCCGUCGUGAUGGUGUAGCUAUCUGUAUUUUUUUGGCGCCUGUCAGAAUCUGUUGUUACCGUCAACAGUUUAUUUUUUCACUAUUAUCUGUAUGUUUGUACUUUAUUUUUUAAUUUUCUGGUCACACUUUUAUCUUAAGAGUUCCUCCGGAGCCACAUGUCGGGAUCCUAAUCGGUGUGUGUUGAGUGUGUGUCUGAGGUGUGUGUUGUUCUUCAGCGUCUCUCUCUCUCUCUCUCUCUCUCUCUCUCUCUCUCGUACCUGCAGUGCCUGGAAUGGGCCAGAAGUCCCAAAGAGCUCCAGCAUUAUUUUCUUUUUAAUUGGAAAUUUUUUACCCUCUGAGCUCCAUCACGCUCAGAAGAGCCAUGUUUUGGAAGUUUGACCUGCACACGACCUCUCACAUCGACACGCUCCUGGACAAAGAGGACGUGACCCUGAGGGAGGUGAUGGACGAGGAGGACGUCCUGCAGGAGUGUAAAGCGCAGAACCACAAGCUGGUGGACUUCCUGAUCCGGCCGCAGUGCAUGGAGGACCUGGUGGGCUUCAUCACAGAGGAGCCCAGUGAGGAUGUCGAGGAGAAAAUCAAAUACAAGUACCCGAACAUAUCCUGCGAGCUCCUCACGUCAGACGUCGGUCAGAUCAAUGACCGGUUAGGCGAGGACGAGAGUUUACUCAUGAAACUGUACGGGUUCCUGCAGAACGAGCCGCCGCUCAACCCUCUGCUCGCCAGCUUCUUCAGUAAAGUGCUGAGCAUCCUCAUCGGGAGGAAGCCGGAGCAGAUUGUAGAGUUCUUGAGAAAGAGAGAAGACUUUGUGGAUCUGAUGAUUAAGCACAUAGGAACCUCGGCCAUCAUGGACCUGCUGCUCAGGAUGCUGACCUGCAUCGAGCCUCAGCAGCUCAGACAAGAUGUUUUAAACUGGUUGAACGAGGAGAAGGUGAUCCAGCGGCUGGUGGACAUGGUACAGCCCUCUCAGGAUGAGGAUAGGCACUCGAAUGCGUCUCAGUCUCUGUGUGAGAUCAUUCGCCUGAGCAGAGAUCAGAUGUUCCAGGUGCAGGGUUCCUCAGAGCCUGAUCCUCUGCUCGCCACGUUGGAGAAACAAGAGACUGUAGAGCAGCUGCUGUCCAACAUCUUUGACAAAGAGAAGAACGAAUCUGCGAUCGUCAGCGUGAUCCAGAUUCUCCUCACACUCUUUGAGACGCGGAGACCAGCGUUCGAGGGUCACUUGGAUCUCUGUCCUCCAGGAAUGAACCACCCAUCCUUCUCCGUUAAUCAGAGCAUCCUCGAGGCAGUCAGACCAAGACUGAAAGAUUUCCAUCAGCUCCUCCUGGAGCCUCCGAAGAAAACGGUGUUGAAGACGACGUGGGGCGUUUUGGACCCGCCGGUGGGAAACACACGCCUCAACGUGGUGAGACUGGUGGCCAGCCUUCUACAGACCAACACACACAUCAUCAACCAGGAACUCAUCAACCUCAACAUGCUGGGAAUCAUCCUCGAUAUGUAUUUUAAAUAUAUUUGGAAUAACUUCCUGCACGUACAAGUAGAAAUCUGUAUCGCGAUGAUCUUGGCGAUGCCGCCAACUCAGAACGAUUUGGAGAUUAACAGAGACGACGAUCAGGAGCCCAUCCGAGAAAACAUCCUCGUCACACACCUGUUUCAGAAGUGUCGGUUGGUACAGAGAAUCUUGGAGGCGUGGAGCUCCAACGAGAAAGAGCAGGCUGAAGGGGGGCGUAGGAGAGGUUACAUGGGGCAUCUCACCAGAAUUGCCAACUCUAUAGUGCACAACAGUGAUAAAGGUCCGAACGGUGCUCAGAUUCAGCAGCUCAUUUCAGAGCUCCAGGAGGAUGAGCGGGAAAGAUGGGAGGCCUUCACCUCGGGGCAGUUAGCAGACACGAACAAGAAAAACACUGUAGAUUUAGUUAACACACAUCACAUUCACUCCUCCAGUGACGACGAGGGUGAUUUUAAAGACAGCGGCUUUCACCAUGACUCGUCUCUGCAGCAGGCCUUUUCUGAUUAUCAGAUGCAACAAAUGACGUCCAAUUUUAUUGAGCAGUUCGGCUUCAAUGACGAAGAGUUUGCGGAUCAGGACGAUGUGGUGGAUAUUCCCUUUGAUAGAAUAUCAGACAUCAAUUUUUCCUUGAAUACAAAUGAGAGUGCGAACAUGGCUCUGUUUGAGGCGUGCUGUAAGGAGAAGAUUCAGCAGUUUGAGGACACAGGCUCAGAUGAGGAGGACAUCUGGGAUGAGAAGGACGUGACGUUUGCUCCUGAAGCUCAGAGACGCUCCAGGAGCUCAGGCAGUACAGACAGUGAGGAGAGUACAGACUCUGAGGAGGAGGAUGUGAAGAGAGACCAGUUUGAGGCGACGAACCCGGCAGCUGAUGACCGGAUGGAGGUGGACAGUGGAGAAGGUCCUGCCUGGACAGCCAACUUUGAUGAUGUCCCCAUGGAAACGGGAGGCUCGUUGGCCCCACCCACUUCCUCUCCCUCGACAUGGAGCACGCCCACCAACACAGUUGCCACGGAAACGGGCUGGGCCAACUUCUCCAGCUUCACACCAGUCAGCCCUAAAGACCCUCUGAGGAGCAACUCCCCGGUUGCCAUGGAGACGAGUGCCGAGCCAGCAGACCCUCUUGGUGUUAACACGCCCGCAGGAACAUCUCAGUGGGAUGUGCCUCCAGCUGUUCAGUCCAGAGGUUGUGAUGUGGAUGAGGAGGCGGUGGUGGACCGUAUCACUGAGACGGUCACUAAUGGCUCCAUGAAGGAAACGCUCAGCCUUACUGUAGACGCCAAAACCGAAACUGCUGUGUUUAAGAGUGAGGAGGAGAACACGUCUACCUCUGAAGACACAUCUGCCAAGUACGCAGUGAGUGAGGGUGAGCGGACCGAGACGGCGAAUAACUGCCCCAAAUCAGGUGUAAAGCAUGUAGAAGAGAAAACGAAAGCUUCGUGUGAGGUUCUAAACGGUCCUCUGGAGAACACAGCAGCCAUGGAGGAAGCCAAGACGGAGCAGUGUGUGGCAGCGGUGGUGAACGGCCCAGUGUGAUUGGGUGUGGCAGAUCACAUGACCAGGACCAGCAAUAUUGAUGUUAAACAGACCCUGUACAGAACCUCGGCCUGUAUGAAGAGGAGAUUAAACACCACGAUGAUUUAUUAUUUUUUCUUUCGCAUUCGUUUCUACACUUGUUCUCUGAGGUGAUCUGUCUGAUAUCUCGCCACUCAAACGUUAACAGUACUGUUGCUAUAGUUACAAAGGAUUGUAUGAAUAAAAUAUUUUAUAAAAGAGAUGUUAUUACAGAAGCGAGAAACUAAUUGGAGCGUGUAGUGUGACCAAAAACACCAUAAGCUGAUGAUUUAUUAUUGUUAUUAUUGUGGGGUUUUUUUUAAAUGAUUUUUCUUCCUCUGGUAUUUAAUUUCAAAGUUUAAAAAAAAAGGGGGGGGGGGAGUAACGCAAACAUGUAAAUCUUGUUUUCAUGAUUUCGGGGUACAUUUUAAAUAGGGGAACGGUUUAUUUUGUCACAGGUAUUAAUUAAUGAAUGAUAUUGUAAAUGUAUCUCGUGAGAUUUGAGAAGAAAAGAACCUUUUGCUAGAGUUUUUAACUUAUUGAGGCCGUGCUGUAAAUCUCCUUCCCUCUAACGUGGAAACCCUGAAGCUCAGGUGGAGUCCAGUUGCAUGUAGCGAACGAGUACGCUCUCACACUCUCUCCCUCUCUCUGAUGGUCUGUGGAGGGGGAAAGGAAAAGAAACCUCCACGUUUUUUCUGCGGGUGAAACUUUUUUGUACGUGUCGAAGGCCGCGAGCGCGAUUCCUCACAGCGCUUCAAUCACUGCAUCACCAGGCUCGUUUUGUUCCCCCAUCCUUUUUUCCCAUUUUUUUUUUUAAAUAAAAUGCUAUCUUUACCAGCAA